AUGAUCUCUCUUUCUUUGACCUUUGAUCUCUUUCUCACUCUCUCUUUGACCUUGCUAUCUCUCUCUCUUUGCCUCUCCUUGGUCUCUCCCUCUCUCUUUUUUUAUCCCUCCUUCUUUCUUUGCCUUUCCUUGGUCCUUCCCUCUUUCUUUGCCUCUGCUUGGUCCAUCAAUCUUUCUUUGCAUCUCCUUGGUCUCUCUCUCCCUUUCUUUGCCUCUCCUUGGUUUCUCUCCCUUUCUUUCUUUGCCUCUCUUUGGUUUCUCUCCCUUUCUUUCUUUGCCUCUCUUUGGUUUCUCUCCCUUUCUUUCUUUGCCUCUCUUUGGUUUCUCUCCCUUUCUUUCUUUGCCUCACCUUGGCCUCUCUCUUUCUUUGCCUCACCUUGGCCUCUCUCUUUCUUUGCCUCACCCUGGCCUCUCUCUUUCUUUGCCUCACCUUGGCCUCUCUCUUUCUUUGCCUCACCCUGGCCUCUUUCUUUCUUUGCCUCACCCUGGCCUCUCUCUUUCUUUGCCUCUCCUUGGUCUCUUUCUCUCUUGAUCACUUUCUCUUUGUUCCUUCUUGAUCUCUCUUUCUCUCUCUUUGUUUCUGUUCCCAUACCGGGCAUGUCUUAG